AUGAGCCGCUCAACACCACGAAAAUCUCGCCACAGACGCGAUGCAAGCGGCGGCGGAGGACCUAGUGGACAUCAUUUACCCAAGACGGUCGCCACGUCCGACUACGAAUCCGAUGCCGUGCACUACCUCGAGACCCGUGCCCCGGCUGCCACCAAGGCCGCCCUCCUGCCGCGCCUGAACCGCACAAACACCGAGAUCAACCUUUCCGUCCUGCAGCGCUGGCUGCCCAGCAUCCGAUCAAUCGUCUCGAUAGCAGCCAACGCCGUCGUCUACGCCUUUUCCCCCACUACACGCGAGUGGGACAAGGCCGGCAUCGAGGGCGCCAUGUUUGUGUGCGACCAGGACCCCACCGAGCUUGGCAUGCCGCGGAGCUGCGUCUACCUCCUCAACCGCCGCUCCCUCGACAAUCUACAUAUCGACCUUGCCGCCGUCAGCCACUUUGAAGUUCAGAAUGAGCUGCUCAUAUUCAACCUGGGUGACAAGGUCCUGGGGCUUUGGAUCCACGCCGACCAAGAGGACACGAGGGAUACCAAUGCGGCCACAAUACAGGAACGGUGGACGCGUGUUCGCGCCGCUGCCGCCGUGCCUGUUGGCCAGGCAGAAGCACAAAAGACUGGAGCUACGACUGCGGCUGGAGAGACGAUGGGGCCCGCCAUGCAGGCCAUUGGCAGGAGACUUAGCAUCAGUGAUCUGUUUGGUCGUGCAAGGGAUACGGCAGACGGCUAG